AUGGACAAGUUGUUGAUUGGAGUAAGAGCUGAAGAUAAGUCUUAUUGGGAAAGGAGAACUCCCAUUCCUCCCCAUGAUUGCAAAUAUAUUAUGGAAAAACAUCCUUAAAUUUAAAUGGUUAUACAACCAUCAACAAAAAGAAUUUUCACAGAUGAACAAUAUUUAGAAGUUGGAUGCCUAGUUUAAGAAGACUUAUCCUAAUGCAAAGGCAUUGUUUGCAUUAAAGAAAUCCCGCUUGACAAAUACAUUGAAGGAAUGACUUAUUUGCAUUGGUCUCAUACAAUAAAAGCUUAGCCUCACAACAUGCCUGCAUUGGAUAUGAUGUUAAAGAAAAAUAUUAGACAUUUGGAUUAUGAAAGAAUUUAUGAUGAAAAAGGCGUUAAUACUACUGCAUUUCCAUAUGCAGGAAUAGCAGGAAUAAUAACAUUCUUGAAUGAAUACGGAAAGUAUUUACUCAAAAGAGACAUUGCCACUCCAUUCCUCCAAAUUGGCCCAACUUAUUAAUAUUUUAAUAAAAAAGAUGCUUAUUAAGCUUUGAAUGUAGCAGGAUAAGCUAUCAAGGAAAGAGGACUGCCAAAGGAAGCUGGAUUACCUAUUAUUAUUGGUGUUUUGGGUUCAUCUGGUUUAUGUGGUAAAGGUUCAAUGGAAGCAUUAUCCAAUCUUCACGUAACAUUGGUUAAACCUUCGGAAUUGAAAGAAUUAGUGAAUACUCCAAACGAUCCUAAACACAGAAAAACAGUUUAUGUGUGUCCGUUCAAAACAACUGAUUUAGUUAGACAUCAAGAAGACUACGACAAGGAAUUUACUUCAGCAGAUUAUUACAAUCAUCCAAAUUAAUACACCCCUGUUUUCCAUACCAAAUAUUUACCAUAUUUGACUAUCAUUGUUAAUGACAUAUAUUGGGAUCACAAAUUCCCUAGAUACAUUACAAAUUCAUAAAUGAGAGAUUUAGUUCAAUCAGGAAAAAGUAGAUUAUAAGCUAUAUGUGAUGUUACUUGCGAUAUGGAAGGAUCAAUUCAAUUCUUAAAGAAAUAUACAACACCUGAUAACCCUGUUUAUUUUUAUGAACCAAUUUCAGAAUCAAUUCAUGAUGAAUUUGAUGCAAAAUCACCAAAAGACAUUAUGUACAUGUCAAUAGAUUUUUUACCAUCUCAAUUACCUUAUGAUGCUAGCAUCGAUUUUGGUAUUGCUCUUAGAGAUAUUGUACCUCAUCUUGCAUAUUCAGAUUCAAGUAAACCAUUAGAGGAAAGCGGUUUACCAGUGUUUUUAUAAAAUGCUACCAUCACUCUACAUGGAUAAUUAACUCAUAAAUUUUAAUAUAUUACUCAUUUAAGAAAUAUAAAUGAUUAAUUAAAGGAAGCUGAAAGUUUCUAACCUAAAAAGGCCUUAAAGAAGGUUCCUUCCUAUUUGGCCAUCAGAUUAACAGGACAUUUAUUUGACACAGGUGCUAUCAAUAAAAUCUUAUCAGUAGUUUAAUCUGGGUGCAAAUUCAACAUUGUAGAUAUUCAAGCAGGCCAAUCUGAUAAUUAACAAACUUCUUGUUUGCUCUAAUUGUACAGUAAAGACAAAGGAUAAUUAAUGGAUGAAGUUGAUAAAGUCAUUUAAUUAUGUGAGACCCUAGAUAUCUAAGUUGAGACAGAAUGA